ACUUAUGCGAGUCGGCUCUGAACGUUCACCUAAAAGAGUCGACUCUCCCCCUACUCUCCAUAGAGGUGCUAGCAUGGAAUGGCGGAUUUGAGCAGUUGAAAGUAAAAAGGCACCAAAACAGACAAUACUCGCAUGGAAUAAAUCACUUUAACUACUCCGUGUAAGACUGUACACAUGCUCCGUCAUGCCGAGAUGAUUCAGAAUGCUUUUAUUUGAAUGAAGACCGGUUAAGAGACCUGUGGGUUUGUUAGCAGGUAAAUAGCCAUAUGCUACCGAGCCCAUUCGGUUUAGCUCCCCAUCAUGGAUGAAAGCAGCCUGGAGCAGGCCAUUGAGACCUACACCGCUCAGCUUCAGCAGGUGGAGGCUGCUCUGACCUGUGGACUCGGCUCUUCUGAUCAGGAAGACCUGCUCAAGCUCAAAGAGGAUCUGGUCCAGCUCAUCGAGCUCACCGAGUCCAGCCUGGUGUCUGUCAAGAAGAGCCAACUGUUGGCGUCACUCGAGGACGCCACGACGCAAGAGAAUGCACCAGCCGAAACCACCCAGGAAAGACCCAAGGACGUCAGCUUGGACGAUGAGUUUACCGCCUUCUAUUCGGAGCUGUCCGAGGGUGCGAGCGAGGAAGCGCAUGGCCCUAAACCAGAUGGCGAUGAAAAUGAGAACGAUGAGGAAGAAGAUAUAAGUGGCACUAAAGUCCGGGCGCCUUACUACACCUCUUGGGGGACGCUCGAGUACCAUAACGCGAUGGUGGUGUGUUCUGAGGAACCAGAUGGCGAAGAGGCUCGAGUCAGAGUGUUCUACGUCCAUCCUACACACAAAUCCAUGAAGCCCUGUGAAUUCUUUCUGGAAGGCAAGUGCCGCUUCAUGGACAGCUGCAGGUUCUCUCAUGGGGAGGUGGUGCUUGUGUCAGAGCUGAGGGACUUUCUCGAAGCAGAUCUUACAAACAUGCAGCAGGGGUCCUCCUGUUUAGCCAAGCAUGAGGAUGGCAUCUGGUAUCCUGCCAAAAUCACAGAAAUCGACGGAGGCUUCUACACCGUGAAGUUCGACUCGUCGCUGCUGAAGGAAGCCGUCCUGGAGGCCGAUUGCCUCAUUCCUCCUUUGCGGCAGGACGAGAUCUCCUCUUCCUCUUCGGAUUCGGAGGACGAUCUCGAACAGUGCGACGGAGGCUACGCCAAAGUUUUCGGUUCCGGUAAAGAGGAAGGAACGGUCACGGCAAACAGCGGGGAGUUCUGCGGCUGGGAGGCUCACACGCGUGGAAUCGGGUCCAAGCUCAUGCUGAAGAUGGGCUACGAGUUAGGAAAAGGUUUGGGGAAAACGCUUUCGGGUCGCGUGGAGCCCGUGCAGGCCGUGGUGCUCCCGAAAGGCCGCUCGCUGGACCAGUGCGCCGAGUUUACGCAGCGCAAGACUCGGGCGGCCGUCGCCAAAAACAGUCCCGCCUUGAGCAAAAGGAAAAGGAAGAGGAAGCGGACUUCCGCGUCGACGCGGCGUGACGUGUUUGACUUUCUGAACUCUAAACUGGGAGACGACUCCGCUCGGUCCGCUUCGGCUCCUUCCUGUUCCGUCAGCGGUGCGGAGGUGUACCAGGCUGGAAAGAGCACCAAGCGCUCGCUUAACGUUCAACUCUUCCAGACCUCCGAGAGGAUGAGCCAGGUGGAGAGAGAAAUCCGGCGGCUCACUGACUCUCUGAGCAGGAGAAAUGGAAGGGAUGCUGCAGUUAUUAGUCAUGUGGAAGAGAAGCUCUCGGCAUCUCGUAAGCUCCUGCAGCAGCUGAAGGCUCAGGAGCAGUCUAUCCAGAGAGCUCAGAAGAAAGCAGAUACGCAUAAGAAAAUGACCGAGUUUUGACACGUUCCUAUCUCCUUUUUUUUGUACCGAUGUGAAUAGAGCUCGUGUUUAAGUCGAAAACAGUGCUUCGUUUGGAAAUUUAACAGAACGACCUCUUGUGACAUUUUACAAAACUAUCGAAAUGACCGUUCGUUUAAUUUCUUCUUUACUUUAAACAGAAAAAACAGUGUCCUUACGUCGCACCUUUACUUUGAGAAUAUUUCCAUAUCGUCCGUGUAUCCUUUUCACCGCUCGUGAAAUCGGUACGAGGAAAGACGGUAGGUGAAAUCACUGGCGAUGUUUUUAAUAAACAUUUUUGAACCUGUG